CUAAAAAAAGAACCCGACAAAAACAACACACAUUUAAACCCACGACAAUUCCAUACAUUAUUAUUGGAAAGGGGUUACGUUACACUUUAACAGUCGAUAACACUGCAAACCACAUAUAUAUCAAAGUAUAAGUCACAGUUCAUUGUUGACUACUUAAACAAGACAUCUGCACUCCCAUUGCUAUACGUUCGUUAAAACUCCGUACACGACAUAAAUUCCUUUACGUCACAUCGCUUCGCCUUGACCUGGAUCAAUCAAUAAAAAAAAAAGGUCAGAAUACGAGGAAAGGAAAGGAAAGGAAAGUAAAACCAUUACACUGAUAUUUUUACACACCCUAUAAUAUUGUACAAGUGUCUGUCUGGUAAAUAACUACCAACUCAACUUAAAGAUAUUCAUUCAAUGCUUAAUAUAAUAGUGGUAGUAGGUUACCUAUUACUACAAUUAGUAACCGUUGUUAAUGGAUUACAAUUAACAAGUACUACUGAUAAAGAUUCCAUUUGUAAUGUAGCCAAAUAUAUUGCUAAUGGUGAAUUAAAUUAUUACGAAGGUCUUAAAUAUGGUGGUGUUGUAGGAAUGUUUGCUCCACCAAAUUAUUGGUGGAAUGCUGGUGAAGCAUUUGGUGGAUUAUUAGAUUAUUUUACAUUCUGUGAACCAACUAAUGAUACUUUAAAAGAAUUAAUUUUUGAUGGUAUGUAUCAUCAAGCUGGUGCUGGUUAUAAUUAUAUACCUUCAAAUCAAUCAAUGACUGAAGGUAAUGAUGAUCAAGGUGUUUGGGGUAUGGCUAUUAUGCAAGCUGUAGAAAGAAAUUUUACUGAUCCACCUGAACAUAGUUGGUUAUCUAUGACUCAAGCUGUUUAUAAUACUAUGAAUUCAAGAUGGGAUACUUCUUAUUGUGAUGGUGGUUUAAGAUGGCAAAUUUUUACUUGGAAUUCUGGUUAUGAUUAUAAGAAUUCUAUUGCUAAUGGAUGUUUAUUCCAUCUUGCUGCAAGAUUAGCUAGAUAUCUUGGUAAUGAUACUUAUGUAGAAACUGCUGAAAAAGUUUGGGAUUGGAUGUAUGGAGUUGGAUUUAUGGUUCAUACACAGCAAGGAUUUGUACUUUAUGAUGGUGCUGAUAUCUCAACUAAUUGUACUGAUAUAACCAAAUAUCAAUGGUCUUAUACUUAUGGUAUUAUGAUGGCAGGUUGUGCUUAUUUAUAUGAUUUUACUAAUGAUGAUAUUUGGUUAGAGAGAACUCAAGAAUUGGUUGAUACUUCAAAUUUCUUCUUUAAUAACAGUAUUAUGACUGAAAUGCAAUGUGCUCCAAGUAAUAAAUGUAAUAACGAUCAAAGAUCUUUCCGUUCAUUAUUUGCAAGAUGUUUAGGGUUAACCAAUGUAUUGGUUAAUUCUACAGAUAUCACUUCACAAAUUGAACAUUGGCUUGAUGUAAGUUCUGUUGCGGCUGCUCAAUCAUGUUCUGGUGGUAGUGAUGGAGUUACUUGUGGAUUUAAUUGGUCUGUUCAGGGUUGGGAUGGAGUUUAUGGUUUAGGAGAACAACAAUCAGCAUUAGAAACUGUAUUAUCACUUUUAACUGAAAUGCCAUUGUCUGCUAAAACCGGUGGUGUAUCUCAAAGUGAAGUUAAUGCAGGUUUGAAUACACAAGACACUAUAAAUAGAAAUGUCAUUUCAAUUUCAACUAAAGAUAAAGCAGGUGCUGGUGUAUUAACUGCAGUUGUAUUAGCAAUUAUAUUGGCUGGUGGUGUUUGGAUGAUACUAUAGUUUGCCUUAUACUAUAACUUUAAAAAUUUUCAUAUUUAUUAUCUGCUUUUACUUAGUUACUUGAGUACUUUCUUCUUGUCUCUCUAUAAUUAACAGUACUUGUCAUAAACUUCUUAUGUAUGUCAUUAUAUUAUUAUUAUUAUUAUUAAAGUGUGUCUGUCUGUCU